CAAUAAUAGUUGAGUGUGAGGGCGAGAGGUGGCAACACCGCCGCUCUUGUAAACAACUGACUGGGUUUAAAUUCACAUUUUGGGGUCUUCUACCUCCUGCUAUGUUUCGUUUCUUGAGAGAGUUGUUUUGAAAAUGAAUUCUUCAGAUGACGAAGAAAUGACCCAAACAUCCACAUCCACAGGCCGUAGAUUACGGCAGCGGACAGUACAGGUCACUCGUACUGAUGGAGCUGACUGUUCAACUCCAACAAAUCGUCGAUUUAAAAGGAAGGCAGAGGUGACUGUAGAAAAUCUGUACCGCCAGCAGAAUGUUAAGGAAGUAACGUCAACUCCACUGGAAACUAUCUAUGAAUCACCUCGACACAAGAAAGGUGGGAAGUGGAACAUUAGAGAAGAGACUGUUGGUGAUACUGACUUAUCUGUAAUGGCUGUAAAAAAACUGAAGCGUCUUUGUUUAUUUGCCAGUCAUUACAACCCUUCAAAGCAAAAAAUUCGUUCUCGUAAGGAACGUGCUCGUAAGAUGAAGCAGUUAAAAGGGGUGAAAAUUCCAAAGGGAACAUCCAUUUCAUUUAAGGACCUUGAGGCCGUGCUUGCUUGCCUAUCAGAAGAUGAAAAUCAAAAUGAAAAUAAUCAUAUUACUAAUAGUACAUUUUCAAGUUUAACUGAAAGUGUUGGGUUUUAUUCUGGGAAUAUUAUACAGCCUGACAUGGGGAACACUUCUGUUGAUGAUAUUACGCAAAACAUGAAUGCUCUUUUGGUGGAUAAUUCAAAGCUACACAAAGAAAUCCACUUGGACUUGGAGAAUAUAAUGACGGAUCCAAUAUUUCAUGAAGACUUUAUUUCAUCAUCCAUUACUGAUGAACCUUUAAAGCCGCAGUCCCUAAAUUCCCGGGAGAAAAAAACGAGAAGACGAUCAGGAAAAUUAUCAUGGUGUCUUUUGCAACCUUUGUGUAAAACCUUGGAGGAGCCUCUUAAUAAGAUACAAAAUAAAGGUGAGGAGUCAUCUUUAAAUCAGCAUUGCUUAUUAAUGACUGAUUCCUCCUUGACAACCAGUUCACCUGCAGAUGACAAAGAAAAACCUUGUAUUUCUGAAGUAUGUGAAUCAUCAUUAAUUGUGAAAGAAAUUUCCAAUGAUAAGUGUGAACAAAUGGGAACAGAACUGCACAAGACAAGUAAAGAUAGAAAGACCAAGGAGAGUGUAACACAUAUCCAGAAAGAUGUUGAAAAAUAUAGUGAAUUCCCAGAUGAACAAAGAACUGCAGCAAAACAAAGAGCAAAACAAAGAAAACCUCAGAAUGAGCAAGGAAAUGAAAUAAAGAAGGCCAAGAAAUUAGAAAUUGGCUUAAAAAGAUCUGGUAAAUCAGAAGCUGACAGUGUAAUUAAGAAAAGGAGAAGUUCUAAAGCUACUGAUUCCUUAGGAAAAAAAGAGGUACCAUCAUUACCAAGUAACGCCACCUCUGAAAUAAUGCUUCUCUCACCUGAUAAUGGCCUGUAUACAGAUUUGCAAAGCUCUCAAGAAGUAACUGUUUCAAAAUCUACCAGAGGUACAGUGCAAAAGAAGGGAAAUAAACAAAGAAAGCGAAGAGUGUCUGGCAUUCAGAGACCUUUGUACCGCACGAUCCUUGAACCAGAAAGUGAUACUUCAAAUAGUACCUCGGAUCAUCUUGAUAGUACUGCAGAUGCUAGUUUUACAAACUGUGUAGAACCCUGCAUGAAAUUGAAGUCUACAUCAAUUGUAUCUCAAGAUGGUAUUGCAAUCAGCCAAUCUCCCACUGUACCUCCAGUAGGUGACACUGUUAUUUGUUACUCGCCUUCAUCCCCUUCAGCUCAAAUGGCUGCUCUUUCUCUUCACACAGAUCAGUUCUCAACAUCACCCAGUGUAAAUACUGUACAGUUACCCAUUACACACUAUAAUAUGAAAACUAAACAAAAGGUUCAAAGACGGUCUGCAAGAUUAAGUAUAGAACGUAUAACUAGUGAAGGAUUAUUAAAUAAUUCUGCAUCAGGUUUUGGCUCAUAUUGGUCAGCCAUUUCACCACAUUCACCAAUAACUACUAAUGUGGAAAGCAUCAGUACUCGGUCUGACUGUGAAUCACAAUGUGAGAAGAAAACAGUCAAAGGAAAUGUUAUACGCAGGAAUAGGGCACAAACAAAAGAAUUUAAGAAUAGACGUCAAUUGGAAAUGUUACAUAAACUGGAUUUGAAAGUGGAGGCUGAAGAAACUGAAGUCACUGGUAAUAAGGAUGCUUCUAGCAGUGUAGCAGAUCAUCUUGCUGCCACUGUAUCUUCUGAGAGAGAGUCUGAGAGUGAUAACUCUGUAAAUGUUGUCCCACUUAGGGAAUGUAGACUGCAGAUUUCAUCACAUUUACAUGACAUUUUAGAUGUGACAGAACUUAAUGAUCAGUCAUUGAUUGUACCAUCACAUAGCACCAGAAUAGACAAUCCCCUUAUAGAAAGUUUGUCUAAUGUAGCAGUACAAGAGAAUAUACCUGGAUCUGUAGAUACCUUGUGUCCAGAUAAUGAGAUAAAAUAUGAUAAGCCACCAUUUACUAUACAAAUAAAGCAGGAUAUAAAUAGCUCGGAGAGUAGCCAUAAACAAGUAGGCAUUUUACCAGAACUGUCUGAUGGUGAUGUAGAGAGAGAAAAAAAGAAUGAUAAACCAGAACUUCAAUAUAACAUGAAUGUGCAUGCAGUACAAUCAGAUCCCUCAGUUACCUCAGUGUCCUGUCAGGUUUCUGGACCAAUAGAUAAUUUAGCCACCAUCUGUAUCUCUCGAGUAAGUUCAAAUGACAAACAGAGCCUUAGUCAGUGUUCAUUGGUAGAAUACAGUGGUGAUCAUAUUGAAUUAAAUUCUCCCAUUAUUAGUGGAAUGUUUGAAAACAAGAUGAGUAUUAAGCAGGGAAAGAUAUACUGUAACAAAGAUGCUUCAAGAAGCAGCCCAGUUACACUGUCAUUGUUAUGCUGUUCUGACUCCAAGAUUCACUCUCAAGAUCUUGAACCCAAGUAAACUGCAUCUUCAAAAUUUAUAUAGUUACUUUUAUAUAAAAUACAUCCUUAUCAAGAUUUCAUAGAGUCGUCCAUUGCAGUUUGUGGAUUGAAGAUGGGAGAUAUUACUUAAUGCAGAAUCCUGUAAAUUCUUUAGUUAAUAAAUAGGGAUGGUGAAAAAUACAUUUUUGUAAGAAACCUUUAUAAUACAUGAUUUACUUUCCAGUAUUCAUUUCAUAACCAUCUAAACCAGUGAUGCAUAAACAUACUAGUCAUGCAAAAAGACUUCCUUGCCAGUUGGUAUCAUGCGUCCAACAAAAAUGCUUGAAAGUUUCAUUUAGAAGUCUACAUUUUCAUAGAUUGAUGUGAAGUAUGUAGUUGUUACUUGUAUAGGCAUACCUUGUUAAUAUGGUGCCUUUCAGUUAUAUUCGUGUUUGUGUUAUUUUCAGUGCUUGCCUUGCUCUUAAGAUGGUUUUUGGCAGUUUUCAAUUUUUUUUAUUUAUUUUGACUUGUAAUGUUUUUAGGCCUAGUGCUAUUGCAUGUAAACAUUUUUAGGCCUAGUGCUAUUGCAUGUAAACGUUUUUAUAUGCACUGUCAAGUGGGAAAAAAAAAAAGCUGUGAUUGUCUUGAUGGCAGCGGUCUGGAACCUAACCAGUCACAUUACUGAGGUAUGUCCACAUUCUUAAAUUGAAAUAUUUUAUUCCAUGCAUGCUUCAAGAGAAAUGAAUACAGUGUAGAUAGAUACAUCAUCUUCAAAGUAUGAGUAAAAUUAUGGCUGUUAAUCUAACAAAUUAGUGUGAAAUUAUAAAGCUGUGUAUGUACUAAGUUAAUGAAUGAGUCUCUGUGAAUACAGGCAAAAAAGGAAAAGCCAUCAUAGAAGAAUGUUCUUCCUUUCUGAACUCUUAGUCAUUUAUCAACAGUAAUUACAGUUGUUAAGGGCCUCUUGUUCAUCCCUGGUCAAAAGCCUACUGCAAAACUCUCCAAGUCUAACAUGUUUUCAUUUAUUUCCCCACUUAUUAUUUAGUAAACCAACUUUACCUUGUUCUUCUUCAGUGCCUUAACAAACUUUGACAGUUCCAAACACUGCCAUUUCUUGACUGAUGUCUAUGUGCUACCUAAUGUGUAACCCCCCUUCCCCUUUCCCUUUCCCC